ACGAUAUGUUAGCUAAGAUAAAAGGAAUUACUAAUAGAAGUAUCGACACAAAGAAUGUGUACCUGUAACGGAAACCUGGGCUGAAUAUAACGGGGAUGAAUAGUCACAGCCAUGAACAGACUGAAGCAAAAUGGCCAUAGUAAUAGCAGCAAACAAAAUGGACAUUCUCGGAGCAUCAGUAAUCUCCCUUACAGGAAGGAGUGGGACAGUUGUCUGCCCCUGCCAGCACUCUCCUUCCCUGCAGCAACAGGCAUCGUGUUCCUUUUUGCCAUCACAUGUUUUGUAAAUAGUUACCAUGGAGAUUUCGUCUUUGAUGACAGUGAAGCCAUUUUGUCCAACAAUGAUCUCAAACCUGAAACACCUCUGUCUGAUUUGUUUGUGCAUGAUUUUUGGGGGAACAAGCUGGACUCUAAAACCAGCCAUAAGUCCUACCGUCCCCUUACAGUGCUGACCUUUAGAUGGAAUUAUUGGUUGUCAGGCGGUGCCUUUCCUAUGUCAUUCCACAUUGUAAACAUUAUUCUUCAUGGCCUUGUGUGUGUACUCAUGCUUAUCGUAUUCUCAUUGGUCCUGUCUGGUUACCAUACCGACGCGAAAGGACAGACUGUGUUUGGUGCUCCUAAAUCAUCUUUGCUGUGUGCCGUUCUGUUUGCUGUUCAUCCUGUUCACACAGAAUCAGUGGCCGGAAUUGUGGGUAGAGCAGAUCUCCUGUGUGCCUUGCUCUUCAUCCUUUCAUUUAUUUGUUAUGUCUGCUCCUGUUGUCAAGAAAUCUCAUUCCUGCCAAACAGAAGUCUUCAUCGUCCAGAGACAUUCUCCAUGGCCUGGCUCUGUCUGUGUUUGGUGCUGUGUGGUUUGUCCGUUCUGUGUAAGGAGCAGGGUAUCACAGUCAUUAGGCCAUCGGGAGAAUGGUUUAAAAGUCUGUGUGUGCGUCACAUAUUCCUGGUGAUCAUUGGUCUAACCAUUCUUGUCACUAGAUGGCGUGUUAUGGGAUCAGCGCCACCUAUAUUCCAAGUGUUUGAUAAUCCACAUUCCUUUGUAAAUAAUACAUUAAUUCGGGCCUUGAACUACAACUAUCUGUAUGCCCUGAACUGCUGGAUACUUGUCAAUCCCUGGUGGCUUUGUUUUGAUUGGUCCAUGGGAAGUGUGCCAACAAUAGACUCUGUCUCAGAUCCCCGUUUAUUGGCUGUGAUAGUCAUGUGGGCGGUGCUUAUAUUUCUUUUAUACUCAGCUGUUAUUCAAGAAGUUGGUCAGGAGCAGAGAGUGCUGACAAUGGCCUUAGCUCUGUUAAUUGUCCCAUUCCUGCCAGCCUCCAAUCUGUUUUUCCGUGUCGGGUUUGUCAUCGCAGAACGAGUUCUCUAUCUUUCCACAGCAGGAUUUUGUAUAUUGGUUGUCAUGGGAAUCUGCAAGCUUCAUCAAAAAUGUCCCAGCAUUGAUAUUCGUUACUUUGUGUUCUUCCUGGUAUCCAUAUUUAUGUUGAGAUCCAUUCAGAGAAGCAACGAGUGGAACACAGAAAUGUCUCUGUUUACAUCUGGUGCCAAAACCUGCCCUCUAAAUGCUAAGAUACAUUACAAUAUAGGGAAAAUAAACUCCGAUGUGGGCAAUGUGGAGCAAGCAAUAAGUAAAUACAGACUAGCUAUCAGCCUGAAUCCAGACUACGACCAAGCAAUGAAUAACCUGGGUAACUUACUUAAAGACCAGGGACAGAAUACAGAGGCUGAGCAGUUGUUACAGAAGGCUGUAGAGAUAAGGCCAGAUUUUGCUGCUGCAUGGAUGAAUCUAGGGAUUGUGCAGGCAGCUCUGAAGAAGCAAAAAGAGGCAGAACAGAGCUACCAUACGGCCCUCAGACAUCGCAGGAAGUACCCUGACUGCUACUAUAACCUAGGAAAUCUUUACCUGGACAUGGGGCAACACCAGUUAGCAUUAAGUGCCUGGAGAAAUGCUACCCUUCAAAAGCCAAGCCAUCUUAAUGCCUGGAGUAAUAUGGUCAUCUUGCUGGAUAAUCUAGAGAAACUAGAGCAGGCAGAGCUAGUGGGUAAAGAGGCAAUCAAACAUGUCCCCAAUGACCCCACCCCCUACUUCAACCUCGCUAAUGUCAUUGGAAAAGCAAAUAGAUACCAGGAGAGUGAGCAGUACUUUCUAAAGGCCAUACACCUCAGUGGAAAAUCUCCAGCAUCCAAGAUGUAUGCCAACUUAGGUGUACUUUAUCAUCGCUGGGAAAAACCAGCCGAGGCAGAGAGGGCAUAUCUAAAGGCACUGGAAAUAGAACCAGCCAAUCAGAGCGUUUUACAGAAUCUACAGAUGUUACGCCGAAAAUACAACAGAAAAGGAAACUCUUAGCAUAUCUUAAAGUUUGUUAUACAUUGUAUUCUACAACAGAGUGACACAAAUGAAAUAUCUUCUGUGGUAAAAUAGAUAGCUGAUUUAGUUUACACAUCAAACUACCAAGGAAUGGAAUUGUGGUAUAAUUACAAUGAUGUCUAAUAUAGCCAAUAUCUGGCUUUGUCUACAAAGAUUGAUGUCGAAUCAGAUAUCAGUUUCUUCCAAUUAUUGAAGAGCUGCCAUAUUGACACAUACAUGUAGUACCCAUAGCAUAUCUGGUACAUGCACAUGCAUUCUUAAUAUGCAUAAUUCAGUAAAACAGAAGUUGCUAGUUUAGAGAAGAAAAAUAUACUUAUUCAAAAUAUUUCUUCAUCUCCAACAAUAUUAAGUCAGGGUUAUUGAAUUGUGUUUGUAAAAGGCAGAUAAUGUGUUUUUUGAGAUAGGUGCAAAUGACAUAGUUUAACCUCAAUAUCUUGCACUCAGGAAAAAAAAAGAGCACUUGGAGAUGUUUAAUUUUUCUGGGAAAACCAUGCAAUUUGAAACUUUAUCCAUCUUUGGGACACUGAAUUCAAACUACAUUUAUCCCAGUACCAGGAAUGUCAAUAUAUCAGCAUUAGAAAUAUUUAAAUUAAGCUGGUUAUAUAUUGCAUAUCUGUUCAUUACAUUCCAUCAGUACUUUAGUUUUAUAAAGGAAAGUUUUCACAUUUUACUCGUAUUUUAUUUAAAAUAUACAUAAUGUACAUGUAUGAUUUAGAAUUAUUGUUGAGAGAAAAUUGCUUUUUAGAUCUAAAAAUCCAUUUAAGUUUUCCUGUUAUUUUGAAUAUUAUCUCUUUGAUGUUUGAAGAAGAUACCAGUAGCAUUCCAUUUUUGAUAUACAUAUAUAUGAGUGGUUGUGGAUAUACACACAUUUAUUUUUUCUGUUCUGUUAAGCUCACAGAGUGCUUUUUCAUCUGCGGUAACAGGGCUUUUUGGUUGAUCUUGUUUUGACUUAUUUUUGUUGUUGUCGUUGUGAAAGUUGAAUACUUUGUUUUUUCCAUUUUGCAUAAUGAUAAGAAGUACAUACAUUGCAAUUACAGGGCUUAUCACUGAAAAAUCUUGUAUAACACAUCUGGUUUUUUUUUAUAAUAAUAGCC